AUGAAAUUCUUCACUGUCCUGCUGUUUGCCAGCCUUGCCACAGCCUCUCUUGCUGUCCUGCCUGGGUCUGAAGAUGAACUCCACAUGAAGACUCAGCACACAUCUGCCAUUUCAGCUUCCCAGUCCAUUCCAACCAGCCACAACAGCAAGGAGAGUACUUCCAGUAAAGACUCUUCCAAGGACUCUUCCAUCUUCAGAGAACAGUUGGUUUCCAAAGAUAAUGUGGUGAUAGAAUGUACCAAAUCUAAGAGUCAAAAGGCCCAGGCUGGGCUCAACAGUGGGACAUCUCAGCUGGAAGAGACCACAGGAUCCACCACCUCAGCUGGUAUGAGCUAG